UUCCUAAACUUACACUAGAUGAUAAAGGAUAUCUUAAUUCACAUGUUAACAUUACUUACCCACCAAUAAAUGGAGUAAUAGAAAUAACAAGUGAAGAAAUCAACAUAACAUAUUAUUUAUCAAUUGUUCCAUCUAUUAAUAAUAUCACAAUUUAUCAAACAAAUGAUAGUCAUAAUAUUUUGAGACAAUCAUUUUCAGUUAGUUCCUCAUAUUGUAAAAUAAGUGAUGAUAAAAAAAGCCUUAGUAUUCAAAUAUUAACAAGUACAUUUAAUCUUGCUAGUACAAGCUAUUAUGUUACAAUUGAUGAUGAUGCAUUAAAACUAUCUUCCACCAACCAUUCAUUGACAGGUAUUCGUAAAAAUAUAUGGAAAUUUACCACAGAUAAUGUAGCUUUUCAAUAUUCAGAUUCAGCAAAUGGCAUUAUGAGACUCAAUGUAAAGGGGACAAAUUUAUUUAAUCUGGAUUCAACAAAUAAAACUGAAUUUAAUGAAAAUUUGGAAAAAGGAUUAGCUAAUAUAAUACCAAUCAAUCCAAUUCAUUUGAAAUUGAUUCAAACUCAGAUGGAUUAUUCAAUAACCACCAACUUU